GAAUGCUAAAUUAAAUGUUCGCUUGUGCCAGACGUGGCGUCUUUUGGUCGACCAUCGAGCGGGUUGACGGCUGGCGAUGGACCGCUUCAGAUAUUUAAUUUUUAACCAAAAGCGCGUACUCUUCCUGGGUGUCCUCCAAGUGGCGUGUGCGGCGAUCUGUUUGAUUUGUGGCGUCAUGGAUGCCGUUUUCCGCAAGGACACCCCGCUUAGCACAACCAGGACACCAGUGUGGGGCGGAAUGGUCAUGGCUUGUCCAGGUGUUUUGGCUCUGUUUGCAUCUCAAAGGAAAAAUCCAACACUGGUGAGUGUGAUGGUGACAGCAGCGUGCCUUUCUUGCGUGGCUUCUUUCUUUGUAAUGGGCUAUUCUUGUCUAACGCUCACUUAUGGAGAGGAAGAUAAGGAAGUCUUCCACCAUCAUAACAGUCCCGAAGUGACAUUUGUGCUCCAUCGGAUGGUGAAGGGUGCCAACGCCACCACGCUCCUAAGCUGCAUUCUCAGCCUGCUCCUGUCAUCCCUCAUUGCUUACGUGGGUUGCAGGAGUCUACCUUGGUGUGGCUGCUACGACGCUCGAACUGGACUGGAGACACUGGUUCCACAGUGUGACCCAGUGGAAGCUGAGAUGGUGUGUACCUGGCAAGCUGGAGGUGAUGACAGGCUCUUCAAUUCUCCAGCUCAGACGAUAGACUCUGGUACCACAGAGCAGGAAGGUCCCUUAAAGUUGCCUCCAUACAGUAGACUGAACUAAAACAAAUUUCUCAUACUUUCACACCCGACUGGAAGACGUGAUGCUGCUUAAGAUUGUGCCAAUCAUUUGUUUUCUUGACAGAGCAGGUACCAAGCAUUGAGCACUCCAGUAGCAUCUUUCUUUCACUAAAGAUUACUGUACAUAGUUUCUUACGUUAUAUUUACCUAAACUUAGUAUUUCACUGCCUCUGCUGUAACAAUGUGAGUUUUAAAUUUGUAAACCAUUUCAUGAAUAAAUUCUGCGAAAAAAGUA